AUAAAAGAGCUCUUCGUAAGUUUUGAAGACAUUCCCUUGGGAGCAGCAUCACUAGCCCAGGUGCACAAGGCAGUGCUGCAGGAUGGGAGAACAGUGGCAGUGAAAAUCCAGCACCCGAAAGUCCAAGCUCAGAGCUCCAAGGAUAUUUUGCUCAUGGAGGUUCUUCUCUUGGUUGUGAAGCAGAUCUUUCCAGAUUUUGAGUUCAUGUGGCUGGUGGAAGAAGCUAAGAAGAAUCUUCCCUUGGAGCUGGAUUUCCUCAAUGAAGGCAGAAAUGCUGAGAAGGUUGCUCAUAUGCUCAAGAACUUUGACUUUCUGAAGGUCCCCGGGAUCUACUGGGAGCUCUCAACAAGGCGCGUCCUUCUCAUGGAGUUUAUGGAAGGGGGACAGGUGAACGACAGGGCCUACAUGGAGAGGAAUGGCAUCAAUGUCAAUGAGAUCUCUCGCAACCUGGGGAAGCUCUACAGUGAAAUGAUCUUUGUGAAUGGCUUUGUGCACUGUGACCCGCACCCAGGCAAUGUGCUAGUGAAGAAAUGCCCAGCCUCUGGCAAGGCCCACAUUAUCCUCCUGGACCAUGGGCUCUACCAGGUGCUGAACGAGUCAUUCCGCAUGGACUACUGCCGCCUUUGGCAGGCCCUCAUCAAGGCUGAUAUGAAGAGAGUGCAGAAGUACAGCCGGCGGCUCGGGGCAGGGGAUUUGUACCCUCUCUUUGCCUGCAUGCUGACUGCCAGGUCCUGGGAGUCUGUCAACAGGGGCAUUGACCGGUCACCAGUCUCAGCCAGCGAGGAUGUGGAGAUCCGGUCCAACGCUGCUGCUUACCUACCCCAGAUCACCCAGCUCCUCAACAACGUCCCCCGCCAGAUGCUGCUGCUGCUGAAGACCAAUGACUUGUUAAGGGGGAUUGAGUCAGCCCUGCACACACGGGCCAGUGCCAGCUCCUUCCUCAACAUGUCUCGCUGCUGUAUCAGAGCUGUUUCCACGUACCAGAGGAGCAGGAGUCACUCGCUUUAUAGGAGAGCCCAGAUCUCACUCACAGAAGCCCUGAGCCUGUGGCAGAUCAACUUGUAUGAACUCUUCCUGUGGCUGAAGGGGUCCCAGCUGGGGAACUGGGUCAUUGCUCUCCUGAGCCGGAUGCAGCAUUCCACGUACUGACAUGAACUGGCGGGAGAGGCCCGGAUGCUCCCUCCCUCCCUUCUGCUCUCCACGGCACAUUUGCCUUUCUGACUGUUUCUGUCUAUUCUGUGGGCUAUUUUGGGGUCUUACAUGCUGCACUGUCCUUGCCUGUUACAGCAUUAGCUUACUCUGUGGCGCUGAGAGGUGGAGUCGGUACCGGAGCUCUGCUGUUUCAUGGUUUAGGAAAAGGAGGUGCGGGAUACCGUGUGUCAGUAAAGGCAGGGUACUUUCUUUCCCCAUCUGAGCAGGGGAAAUUCCACUCAGAUUCCAGUGGGAUUGCACUGGAAGCAAAAGCCUCUCCUUGGCUCUUUCUUAAACAAUCUUACAGAAUUUAAGAGACUCCCAACUCUGCCUAGUAUGCCCAAAAACAUUUCUCAGACCCUCAGAGAGAGGUGGUAAGUCCCUUUAAAAUCCAAUAGGGUUUAUAUUAGUUUUUGCAGUCUCCUUAGUCUGAUUUCUGUUCAGAUGUGCAGAGAGUUUCUCAGAGGAGUGAGACCUUGUGGAGAGCUGGCACUAGGGCUUCUUCUUCCAGCACCAGAAAAAGGAGACCCUAAUGGUGAGAGUGGUGGACUGGGAGUCCGGCUUUUUGAGGUUCGUCUCUAGUCGUGUCAGCAAGUGCCUCUGUGUUUUGGACUUUUCCUGGCCUGUUUCUUUGCAGGUGAAAUGGGGGAAGGGGACAGUGGUCCUGCCUCUUUUCCAAAAUUCAGGGAAGGCAGGAGGAAUGGCAACUCAGGGCUCUGGUAAUGUAUGUGUACUGUACAGUACUGCCACACAGCAAAAUAAAUGUGUUAUAUCAAAGAC